AUGGAGACACUGCAAACACUUGAAGGUGAUCACCGCAUCUUCGUUCGAAACACUUUUCUAGAGGUGCAGGAUCAGGAUGACCUGGACCAGAAGCAGAUGCUAAAGAGAUCCAACAGUUGGAGUGCUUCAUCCAGCAGCGAUGUGGACCCCUCCAGCGUGGAGGACUUUCUCGUUCCGCAGCAUCCGCAGCUGCGGCCAGAGCACGUUGUCUGGCACGACUCCUCAGAAACAACAUCCGAAUCAGCUGCUUCUACGGCCCAUGGCAAGUCCUACAUCGACGAGCAAAUUCGGGCAGAAAAGGUGGCUGCGGUUCAAGCGAAGAUUCGGGAGCUUACGCAGUCAGACCCGAUGCUGGGCGAUGACGGUCCACCUCCUGAGAUUGUGUAUGGAUGGUCUCAGGGGAGCGCCAACCAUGAAAGCGGCAAGUGCACUCCAUGCAUACACUUCACGACGCGGGCUGGUUGCAAGCACGCAGAGGCGUGCAGGUUUUGUCAUUUGGAACACGGAGAGGACGCUCGGCGCGGGAGACAUCGUCCGUGCAAAGCAACCCGGAACCAGUGCAAGCAGCUCUUAGCGCAGAUGAACGACCUUUACAAAGAUGAUCCGGAGCAGAAGCAGCAAGCAUAUCUCAAGCUCGCGCAGCAGAGCCCGUACAUGAAAAGUCUUCUGAAGGGAGUCUUGGAUUCUGAAGAGACGGAGGCGGCUGUGGCUUGCCUCAACAGCCCUUAUCGUUGCUUCGGACCAAGCCUGAACUUGAAGAAUUUUCGACAGUACGAUGACGAACAGACGGCAUGUUAUGAAUUGUGGUGA